AUGAGUAACACACCUUUUGCAAGUUUAGAAAAUGAUAUUGAUGCAGGAAGAGAAUGCUACAUUUAUUUCAUUUCCUUGUUUAAAUUUAUGAACCAUCUGCAAAAAAGGCAACAGAUUCCUCCAGAGCCAUGGUUCGCGGAAAAAGCUGCAAAUAUCACAGCGGCCGUUGGAAGGGCUGUCACACUCCCCUGCGUUGUGGAGAAUUUAGGAAAUUACAAACUGGCGUGGAUCCACAAAGACCGGCAUAUCCUCCUGACCCUGCAUGACCGAGUGAUCGCUGGAAAUCCAAGAAUAUCAGUACAUCACAACAAUUAUCGAUCCUGGUGGCUGGAGAUUAAAGAUGUCGGCCCACAGGACAGUGGUGCGUAUAUGUGCCAGCUGAACACCAACCCUAUGGUCAGCCAAACGAUGCAUCUCGAAGUAGUUGUGCCACCAUCCAUUGAUGAAGAUCAAACCAGCUCAGAUCAAAGUAUUCGAGAAGGCGCAGAUGUGAAGUUGAGAUGCAAAGCGAGCGGAUCUCCAGCGCCAGUCAUAAGAUGGACGAGAGAAGAACACAAGGACAUUAUUCUAGGACCAAAAAGAGUUCCUAGCGUAGAAGGCGAGGUCUUAAAAUUGACACGGACCAGCAGACUCAGCAUGGGUGCCUAUCUCUGUAUUGCUUCCAACGGGGUCUUACCAUCUGUCAGCAAGAGAAUCAUGCUCAACGUACUUUUUGCUCCGAUGAUCCUUAUUCCGAGUCAGUUGAUUGGAGCCAACAGCGGUGAAGACGUCACUCUCGUCUGCAACCUUGAAUCUCAUCCUCGGUCGGUAACGUAUUGGGUAAUAGCAGGAGGAAUUGUCAUUAUCACCAACAACAAAUACCGCGUGACGAGCGAGCCGGUGGAAGGUGCCUCCUACAAAGUAAGACUGAAGUUGCUCAUCAGGGAUCUAAGACCUCAGGAUUUUGGAACUUAUACUUGCGUGGCGAAAAACUCUCUCGGCGAGACAGAAGGAACAAUUAGCUUAUAUGAAAAGCCGGAUAUGGUAACAACAGAAUGGAUGAGGACUGAAUCAACGGAUUACAGAAGCAAACCCAAUGAAUUAAAGAAAGAAGAAGUAAGGCCCGUUGCAAACAAUAUAAAAUUAGAACGGAAAGAAAGAAGAGAAGAAACUGAACAGCUUCACAUUUCUUCGAAAACGCAUACGAUAAAUAUCCUAAACAAAGAAGAUUCUACAAGUACAUCAGUGAGCUUCAAAGCAUCAUUCAUUCCCAUUCUACUCUAUUCUGCAUAUCUCGCAUUUCGAAUGAUCAUCUUGAAAGAGUAG